UGGGGUUUGUUUCCCGGAAGUCGUGGCGAAGGCCGUUAGCUGUUGCUCAUUGUGACUCAGGCUUGUCAUCCUCACGGAUAUCAUUUCAUUUAGAGUCCACGAACAUGGCAGACGACGAGGAAAAGUAUGACGGGAUGUUGCUCGUCAUGGCGCAACAACACGAAGGAGGCGUACAGGAGUUAGUGAACACAUUUUUCAGCUUCCUCCGUCGUAAAACAGAUUUCUUCACUGGUGGUGAUGCUGGUGCUGCAGAGAAGUUGGUGAAGGAAGCUUUAGCCCACCACAGUAACCUGGCACUGAAGAGCAACAGAGAGAAACAGAUAAAACAAGAGAAGGAAAAGAAAGAGAAAGAAGAAAGAGUAGCCAAGCUCGCUGAAGAACAGAGGAAACUGAAAAAGGACGACUGCCCCAGAAUCCAGGAGCUGACGGAUGAAGAAGCAGAGAAACUUCAGUCUGAACUUGAGAAGAAAAAGAAAGAAGAAGAGAAAAUAGAAGAUUCAACAACAAACGGAGAAAAGCCUCCUGAAAAUGCAGAAAAAGAUAAGGGGUCUGACUCUGAGGGAGAGGAAGAUGAGAAGGACAAAGGUAAAAUCAAGCCUAAUGCAGGAAACGGAGCCGACCUUCCCAAUUACAAGUGGACACAGACACUGACUGAAGUUGAUCUGUCGGUGCCUUUUGAUGUCAAGUUUCGGAUUAAGGGGAGAGAUGUGGUGGUCGACAUCCAGCGGCGCACCAUCAAAGUCGGCCUGAAAGGUCACCCUCCUGUUAUUGAAGGCCAACUCUACAACGAGGUGAAGGUAGAAGAAAGCUCCUGGCUCCUUGAUGAUGGCAAGGUGGUUACAGUGCACUUAGAGAAGAUUAAUAAAAUGGAAUGGUGGAGCAAGCUUGUGAGUACAGAUCCAGAAAUCAACACCAAGAAAGUGUCUCCAGAGAACUCAAAGCUGUCAGAUCUGGACGGAGAGACGCGUGGUAUGGUGGAGAAGAUGAUGUAUGACCAGAGGCAGAAGUCAAUGGGUCUGCCUACAUCUGAAGAGCAGAAGAAACAAGACAUUCUGAAAAAGUUCAUGGCUCAGCACCCAGAGAUGGAUUUCUCUAAAGCCAAGUUCAGCUGAAGGACGACGCGUUCAGCAGAUUCACCUGCCCCCAUAUUACUGAGUCACUGUCUGAAGGGACUGGUUUGAUGACGUUAAUGCACACAUCUCUUUGCAUGUUGUCUGACUGUAAAGAUGUCUGGAUUUUUUUUAAUAAAAGAAUUUAAACAUUAAAGUUAAA